UCUGUGAAAUCCGUUUCACUCUCUCAUUUCUUCCCUUUGUUUCGAAAUCCUUACACUUUGUUCUUACAAAAUUCAUUACUAUAAUCAAUCCUCCAUUAGUCUUCUUUCCUUUCUACUACCUGAAAAAAUCAAUCUCAUUCUUCAUGUCUCGAAUUGAACCCAUGGUUCCCGAUUCUUGCUGUAUCUCCCCUCGCUUUCGCAGCAACAGUUUUCGCCGGUCUUUUCGUUACAAGAAGCUUCCGCCGCAGCUCAUCCGCCUCUCCGUCUUAAAAUUGGACGGCUCGUCCUUCGAGGUGCAAAUUGCAAGGACGGCGACGGUGGCGGCGGUUAGAGACGCGGUGGAGAGUGUUUUCUGUGGAAUGUCGAUGAAUAAAGAAGAUGACAAGAUUUCAUGGCCACAUGUGUGGGGUCAUUUUUGCUUAUGCUAUAAACAUUUCAAACUCAUUGACGACAAAUCACGAAUCAAACAUUUUGGAAUUAGGGAUGGUGAUCAGAUCGGGAAGUAG